GUUCUCCUCUUCCGGGCCUGGCUGGAAAUCUCGGCCGCGUGGCGCCAGAAGAGGAAGCAAAAGGACCGCUUCGUGGCGGCUUCGCAGCAGGAGGAGGCCCUGACAACGGCCGUUCUCCUGCGAGCUUGGCAAGGUGCCGCCCGUGCCGAGCUCUGUGCCAAGAGGGAGGCUGAGAUCCAGCUUCUCAAAGACAAGCACCAGGAGGAGCUAGAGCAGCUCCGCGAGACCUUCGUCGGCCGGAUGCGCCAAGAGAAGGAGGCGCAGAUUGAGGCCCGACAGGAGGUCCUCAAGAAGCACUGGGCAGGAAGCCAAGAGGUGCUCCGGUCCAAUUCCUUCCAGUCCUGGCGGGACUACACGCUCAUGAGCAGGCAGCAGACGCGUCUACGCGCCGCGGCGCAGCAGCGCGGAGAGGCGGCCGCGCAGCGCCUGGCGGUCAGCUUGAUGCAGUCGCUGCUGGCGGUGACCACCGGCGCCUGGGCAGACUACUGUCGCCAUGCAAAGGCAGAGUCGAGGCAGAGCCUCGCGAAGUCCAUGUUGCAGCGGCAGCUGGCUGGGACGAGGGAGCAGAUCCUCUCCAUGGCCUUCACCGGAUGGCAUCAACACCAUCGAAUCUCGCAGGGACAAUCCAGGCGCCACAACUCCGUUGCCGAGGUGUCCCUGUUGAAGAUCACAAGGGGCCUCGUGAGCGACUCCUUCGCGAUCUGGAAAGAGACUAGCCGCUCCGAGAGGCUGGAUUACUUGAAGCACGAGUUGCUCCGAACGCGGAACUCGCUGAAGCUGUUCGAAAAGGAGCUCGAGGAGGCCAAGCAGCGCCGUCGCGAGGAGCUCGUGUCGCGGUUUAUGUCCACCUCGACGUCCAUGAAGUCCCAGUUCUUGAAGGCCUGGCGCGUCCAAGUGGAGGAGCGCCUGCGCAAAGCCCAGCGAUCGGCCGUGGCCUUGAGAAUUGCGGUUCGUGGGGAUGAGGCCCUGAAGGCCGACGUCCUUGCCAGCUGGGUCAGGGAGGUGGCGAAAGGGAGGCGGGAGAAAGCCGCCCAGCGAGAGCAGCAGGCCCUCCUCCGCCGCCUGGCCGGGACCCUGACGGAGACGCGGCGCAGCACGCUGGAUGCCUGGAAGAGCUGGAUCCAGGCACGGAAGAUAGCCCGCCGGCGCUUGGCGCAAGGGCAUGCCCGAGCCGCCCGUCGGAUUGCAGAAAAUGACGAGCCACUGCUGAUGUUGUCCUUCCAGGCCUUCCGCCUCGUGCACGUCGAGCGCCAGGCGCGCUUGCAGGCGCAGGAGAAGUGCAGCAUCUACCAAAGGCGUGCUGCUGCCAGAGAUCGGGCUUCGGCAGAGAAAACUGCGAUGCAGCAGGACUUCGCGCUGCUCUCCCGGUCCAUCCUGGGCUGGCGCCUCUUGGCCCUGGUCGCGGGCGCAGUUUGCCGGGAGCGGAGGCGCCUCGCACGCACCGCUGGGCUCGGCAAAGCCUGUGCUAUCCGCCUGCGGUGUCGGAUGCACGAGCUCCGAGUUAUGUGGGCGUGGUUCCUCACCAGCAAACUCCGGAUCUGGGCCGAGAAGAAUGGCGUGGCGGUUGGGCCCUUCCUCAACCAGGAGCUCAAUGCUUUCGUGGUGAAGCCGCUCCAGGAUGCGCCCACUUUGCCGAGGCCUUCAUCGCCAAAGGGCGCAGUGGUUGUGCAAUCGGUGAGCCGACCCCAGAGUCCCGAGAACGUCCAGGUUUUCACGUCGCGGGUGGAAGCUGUGGAGGAUCCCGAGGCCAGGCAUCCAGGGGAGUCGGAGGAGUCCGCGGCCGCGGCGGCCGCGGCUGCGGCUUGGUACCGCGCCUCUUCACAGGACGCCCCGCGCUCUCUGAGCCCGACCAGGCUCCGCGUGACGACGCGCUCGGGCGCGAGCCUACCAGCGGAGCGCCAGGCCCUUGCAAGCAAGGCGGCCACGAACGACGGGCACUAUCGGCAGCUAUUGGAGCAGCACCGGCGGGAGAUUCGCGAAAAUCGCGAGGCCGCAAGACGCGCCUCGCCGGAGCGU